AUGUUUCGUAGGAGAGCACUUGGCCCAGCAAACCAAAUGGCCAGUAUCUUGAAAGCCAACGUUCGGUCUAAAGUUUCUCCCUUUCAAACCAGGUUAGACGGCCGUAGAAUGAUUGCUGGAAAGCAAACUGCAACCCAGCAUUCUUGGAGAAGCAUGCUUUCCGUACGAGCUGCUACAGUAGCAGCCGUAACUAGUAUAGGCCUUUAUUUUUACCUCCAAAAUGAAAAGCAAAAGGCUAUAGAGGCAAAGAAGGAAAAGGCGUUGUCGACCGUCGGUAGGCCAAAGCUCGGUGGCCCCUUUUCAUUGCUAAAUCACCGCGGUGAAAGAGUUACGGACCAAGAUUUCAAGGGAAAGUUUUCCAUGGUUUAUUUUGGUUUUACUCGAUGUCCCGACAUUUGUCCUGACGAAUUGGACAAACUGACUGCUGCCAUUGUUAUCGUCAACAACAUUGUUGGAGACGUCUUGAACCCUAUGUUUAUCACUUGCGAUCCUGCUAGGGAUCCUCCCUCUGAAAUGGCCCAAUACUUAGCAGACUUCCAUCCCAAAAUAACUGGCUUAACCGGCACCCACGAUGAAAUUCAAGAUAUCUGCAAAAAGUUCCGCGUUUACUUCUCCACACCAAAAGACGUUGAUCCAGUCAAAGAUGAUUAUCUAGUGGAUCAUUCUGUCUUUUUCUACUUGAUGGACCCUAAUGGACAAUUCGUGGAAGUGUUUGGUCGCAAUUCCACUGCCGAAGAUAUGGCUCGUGCUAUCGGAUCUUACGCUCUUUCUUGGAAAAAAGAAAAUAAAACUUAA